AUGUCGCGCUCCCAUUGUAAACGAGAUUUCAUGUCGCAAAAUGGAUGCGUUUAAUUUAUGAUAAUAAUCUCAACGAAGUGUCUCAACUGCCGUACCGUGUGACAGCAAGACCGACUUACGUGGCACGCUUUAUGGAGACCGGCGCUCCUUCUCUACGGACCAUUUAUUAAAACUAGGGGUGGUCCAUGCCCCACGCGGCGCCAGCUACCGCCAUGUCGGCCCCGCCGCGCCACCCUCACUUCUACACGGUCGAGGUCGGCGACACGCGCUUCACGAUCCUCAAACGUUACCAGAACCUUAAGCCUAUCGGUUCCGGAGCACAGGGCAUAGUAUGCGCCGCGUAUGACACGGUGACACAGCAGAAUGUCGCGAUCAAGAAGCUAUCCCGGCCUUUCCAGAACGUGACGCACGCGAAACGCGCCUACCGCGAGUUCAAGCUUAUGAAACUUGUCAAUCAUAAAAAUAUAAUCGGUCUCUUAAACGCGUUCACGCCACAGAAGAGCCUUGAGGAGUUUCAGGACGUAUAUUUGGUGAUGGAACUGAUGGAUGCCAAUUUAUGCCAAGUGAUUCAAAUGGAUUUGGAUCACGAGCGUAUGAGCUACUUGCUCUAUCAAAUGCUGUGUGGCAUCAAGCAUCUUCAUCUUGCUGGAAUUAUACAUCGGGACCUGAAGCCGUCCAACAUAGUGGUAAAAAGCGACUGCACGCUUAAGAUCCUCGACUUCGGCCUGGCGCGUACCGCUGGCACUACCUUCAUGAUGACUCCAUACGUCGUCACCAGAUAUUAUCGUGCGCCUGAGGUAAUCCUCGGUAUGGGCUACACGGAGAACGUGGACAUAUGGUCAGUCGGCUGCAUCAUGGGGGAGAUGAUUCGCGGUGGAGUUCUCUUCCCGGGGACCGACCACAUCGACCAGUGGAACAAAAUUAUAGAGCAACUGGGCACGCCGUCGGCCGCCUUCAUGGCGCGCCUGCAGCCCACCGUGCGCAACUACGUGGAGAACCGGCCGCGCUACGCCGGCUACAGCUUCGAGCGCCUGUUCCCCGACAUCCUGUUCCCCUCCGACUCCAGCGAGCACAACCGCCUCAAGGCGUCGCAGGCGCGGGACCUGCUGUCGCGCAUGCUGGUCAUCGACCCCGAGCGCCGCAUCUCGGUGGACGAGGCGCUGCUGCACCCCUACAUCAACGUGUGGUACGACGAGGGCGAGGUCAACGCGCCGGCGCCCGCGUCCUACGACCACUCGGUGGACGAGCGCGAGCACACGGUGGAGCAGUGGAAGCAGCUCAUCUACCAGGAGGUGGUGGAGUACGCCGCGCCGCCGCCCGCCGCGCUCGCCGCGCCGCCGCCCGACCACGCGCAGCCCGCGCUCACCACAUAGGUGCGCCCCCGCCCCCCCUGGC